UUCAGGAGUUUCUGGCUGCAGUCUACAUGUUGCACUGUCACACCAACAGAGACACAGCGGUACUGAAGGACUUCCUGAAGAGAGACUUUAACAACAGGUUUAGAAGAGAUCAGGAUUACCCAUCCCUGGAUGUCUUCCUGAAGGGAGCCAUGGAGAAAUCCCUCCAAAGUGAAAAUGGCCACCUGGACCUGUUUGUCCGCUUUCUCCACGGCCUCUCUCUGGAGUCCAACCAGAGACUGUUAGGAGGCCUGCUGGGUCGCACAGACAACAGACCAGAAACCAUCCAGAGAGCCAUCAGCAACCUGAAGAAGAUGAGAGGUUAUUCAAUCUCUCCUGAUAGGAGCAUCAACAUCUUCCACUGUCUGACAGAGAUGAAGGACCACUCAAUACAUCAGGAGAUCACAGAGUUCCUGAAGUCAGAGAACAGAGCAGAGAAGGAACUCUCUGAUAUCCACUGCUCUGCUCUGGCCUACAUGCUGCAGAUGUCAGAGGAGGUUCUGGAUGAGUUGGACCUGAAUCAGUACAAAACAUCACUGGAGGGACGACGGAGACUGAUUCCAGCUGUGAGGAACUGCAGGAAGGCUGUACUUACUGGCUGUGAACUCUCAGAGACUCACUGUGAAGUCGUGGCCUCAGCUUUGAAGUCUGACCCCUCCCAUCUGAGAGAUCUGAACCUGAGUGGCAGCUCUCUGUACUAA